UAGCUGCCCUGGCGGCUGCCUGCUCCUUACGCCACUCAAACCGUUUGCCCCGAGACGCUGUUCGCCGCCGUCCCGAAGCGAUGAAGGCGAGCGUCGAGGCCCGGAGUUCCGCGUGACUCGAAAGCCAGACCGGAGCCCUGAGAAACGAGUGGGCUGCGGCUGUGUCAGGCUGAGCCUUAAGCCGGCCCCCUUGACUGGGUGUGCGCGAGGACCCCUGGGUCCUUGGUUCCGGAGCGGGAUCGGACGGAGCGAGAAAGUGGCCAAGAUGAAUCUGGAACUGCUCGAAUCAUUUGGACAGAACUAUCCAGAGGAAGCUGAUGGCACACUGGACUGCAUUAGUAUGGCCCUUACUUGUACUUUUAACAGGUGGGGCACACUUCUAGCAGUAGGUUGUAAUGAUGGUCGGAUUGUCAUUUGGGACUUCUUGACGAGAGGCAUAGCAAAAAUCAUAAGUGCUCAUAUCCACCCGGUCUGUUCUUUAUGUUGGAGUCGAGAUGGCCACAAAUUGGUGAGUGCGUCAACCGAUAAUAUGGUAUCUCAGUGGGAUGUUCUGAGUGGUGAUUGUGACCAGAGGUUUCGUUUCCCUUCUCCUAUCCUGAAAGUCCAGUACCAUCCCCGUGAUCAAAACAGGGUGUUGGUAUGUCCAAUGAAGUCUGCUCCUGUCAUGCUAACAUUGUCUGAUUCAAAACAUGUUGUCCUACCAGUGGAUGAUGAUUCUGAUCUGAAUGUGGUGGCUUCUUUUGACCGGCGAGGGGAAUAUAUCUACACGGGGAAUGCUAAAGGGAAGAUCUUGGUCUUAAAAACAGACACUCAGGACCUUGUUGCUUCCUUCAGAGUAACUACAGGAACCAGCAAUACUACAGCCAUUAAAUCUAUAGAGUUUGCUCGAAAAGGAAGUUGCUUUCUAAUAAAUACUGCUGAUCGCAUAAUCAGAGUCUAUGAUGGUCGGGAAAUCUUGACUUGUGGUAGAGAUGGAGAACCAGAGCCAAUGCAAAAGCUGCAGGACUUGGUGAAUAGGACACCUUGGAAAAAAUGCUGUUUCUCUGGCGAUGGGGAGUACAUUGUUGCAGGGUCAGCACGUCAGCAUGCUUUGUACAUCUGGGAGAAGAGCAUUGGGAACUUAGUGAAAAUCCUCCAUGGCACAAGGGGAGAGCUGUUGCUAGAUGUGGCAUGGCAUCCUGUCCGACCAAUCAUUGCUUCUAUUUCCAGUGGUGUAGUAUCCAUAUGGGCUCAGAAUCAAGUGGAAAACUGGAGUGCCUUUGCACCUGAUUUUAAGGAACUGGAUGAAAAUGUAGAAUAUGAAGAGCGAGAGUCUGAGUUUGACAUAGAAGAUGAAGAUAAGAGCGAGCCGGAGCAGACAGGUGCUGAUGCUGCAGAGGAUGAGGAAGUGGAUGUCACCAGCGUAGACCCCAUUGCUGCUUUUUGUAGCAGCGAUGAAGAAUUGGAAGACUCCAAAGCUUUGUUGUACUUGCCUAUUGCUCCUGAAGUGGAAGACCCGGAGGAAAACCCCUAUGGUCCUCCACCAGAUGCAGUGCAGACCGCCUUACCUGAUGAUGGAAUAGGCUCUGAGAAGAAGAGGCAGUCUUUGUCUGAUGGACCUCAGCCACCAAAGAAGAAACCUAAAACAACCAAUAUAGAACUGCAGGGAGUACCCAAUGAUGAAGUCCAUCCACUUCUGGGUGUGAAAGGAGAUGGUAAAUCCAAGAAGAAGCAAGCAGGCAGGCCUAAAGGAUCAAAAGGUAAAGAGAAAGAUUCUCCAUUUAAACCGAAACUCUACAAAGGGGACAGAGGUUCUUUACCUCUGGAAGGAGCAGCGAAGGGUAAAGUGCAGGCGGAGCUGGGACAGCCUUUGCCAGCAGGUGGUGGUAUUUCAGAGCUGUUAUGAAGACUUCCCAACAUUCCUCACCUUUCCUUGUUGUCAGAUAAUGGACUGACUUUAAGCCACUAUGGUAAGGACAAGUGACCUGGCUGAUGCAAAGUAUGGAAGAGGAAAAUGCUUUCCCCCAAUCCUCUCUUCCUGCUAACAGUGAACAAACUGUUGACUCUCAGGAAAGAAGAUUUGUAGAGAAUCUGAUGGAAAGGAACUGCUUUUUGCUGGUUGGUCUGCAUUUGCUCCCCAAAGUACAAUGAAGUCUGUCACAGGACGAUAAGACCUGGUUACCUCCACGUUUGAGGUCUUUUAGUUUCUGUUGCAUCAUUCAAUUCUCAAGAGGAUGAUUGUCGUGUCUCCAUGAAGACCCAUCAUGCUGCUGUGGAUCCCAGCACAUUCCUUUUGCAGUGUUGCUAGUUUAAGCAAACUACUCUAUGCACCAUAUUUCCUCUGCGUUAUUCACACUGGUUUACAUGGACUUGGUAGACAUGCUGUUUAGGUACCCUUUAUACAGCAAGACAACUUAGCUUACAAGUUGCCUGCUUUUGCAGGUUUGGAAUAGACAUUUGGAAUCCAAAUGACUCCAAAGAGGUUUAUAACUGCUUGGAUACUGAUUGCAAGAACCAGGGAGGGUGGAGUGGACGUGUAUCUAGAGAGAAACAAGAGGGUUGGGAUGAUGUCGGGCCAAAGCAUGAGUGGCACACGUCUUGGCAUGUUUCCAAGCUGGACUUCUACAGCUCAAGAGAUGCUCAUUUUUCCUCCACUCUAGGAUGUGCCAGGCAAAUGAGCAUCUCCCUGGGAAUGUUUAGAAGAAUCUGCACACAAGACAUGGGAAUAUACUGCUUAAGUCAUUUAUGUUUCUGCUCUGUGUCUUAUCCAAAGCCAUCCAGAGAUUUCCGGUUUUGGCUGGGCCUGUAUUAGAAAAGGUUGCGUCCUGCAUUUUCAUUUCUUGUCAUUGAAGUUGUUUAUCCAAAGUCAUAUCAGUCUCCUAAAUCAGAAUAUGCAUGAGCAUCUUGCAGGAGGUUCAAUUGGCGCAUGGGAUGCAUUGGGAAAUGCAGAGAUAAAACUUGCAAACUAACUUCAAAAUACUGAUUUGAAGUCCCAUAUAUUGUAGUGUAUGAUAUAAUUUAUGCCAUACCCAACCACCAGGUGUUCUGUGCAGCCUCGCGCUGUAUAAUCCUACUACUUUCAACCUGCCAGUCCAUCCAAAGAUGCUCUGCAUAAUAUGGUGUCCUGGAUUCCAACCAGCCUCUGCAGGUUUCUCUACUUCAGUGUCCAUCGCUUAGUUUUCUUUCAGGCUUGCGUUAAUUAUUUUGAUAUUCCUGUAGCUUGUACAAAACCUGCCAGAUAGUGUGAUUGGUUGCUAGUUAUUCGUAAAGUACUGCUGUGAUGGUAGCAUUUGUGUCUGUAAAUAAAGAAGU